AUGUCUCCCUUUCACAGAACAGCGCCCUCUCCGGAGUCUCUCAUGAGCCGAAGCGAUUCGAAGAACCCUGCGUCGACAUGCCAAGGACUCACAUCCGCUGGCCGACCGUGUCGCCGAGCGCUGGCCUUGUCGAUGAACAACAGGCGUUCGAAUGCAGGAGUUGUUGCGGUGGGAGAAGAAGCGGCGGAGUUUUACUGCUGGCAACACAAAGAUCAAGCUACGAAUAACGCUGUGCAUGCAGUGAAGCCUGGGCAAGGAAGACCGGGAAGACACGAUACGGAGAUAUUUGAGCUCAAGGGGAAGAGCAGCAUUGACACGUUGGUUCAGCGGCUCGGGAUCACGGCGUUGACGGACGAGGAGGACAGUGGUGGGAAGAAGAGGCCAAAGAGCAAGAAAACUGGUGGCCUCGGAAAAGUGGAUGGUCGCACGCAGACAAUGGACUAUGCUGUGCAGCAGCAGCCAGCACCAUACGGCGAGAAAUAUGGACUGGGUCAAGCCUCCAAAACGAGACCGCAAAAAAAGAAACAAGGCUUCUGGGCUUCUCUCUGUUGUGGAGCCGCGGACAGCGACCAAAUUGAGAUCCAGAAACACUCUUCCAACCCGCAGACAGACCGACUACUCUCUCUUCUCCCGCCACAUCUCAGCCCGCAAACUACUGCCGCCCUACUCGCGGAGCUGCUGAAGCCUAUCAGUGCCGCAGACGAGGAAGGCUACAUCUACAUCUUCUGGCUGACUCCCAAGGACGCCGCCGCACCCGACACUUCAACUGCCAAAUCCUUGCUCGCUCCACCCAAAGACCAACGGCGCCGUGUGAGCGCUGUCAUGUCAGAAUAUGGUGGAGAGUCUGCUCGAGGUGGCGCCGGUCAGCGCAAUCAAGACAAAACGAUUAUGCUCAAGAUUGGUCGCGCCAACAACGUCAGCCGCCGGAUGAAGGAGUGGCAAAAGCAAUGUGGCUACGCCCUGAAUCUGGUUCGAUGGUAUCCCUACAUGCCAUCGUCGAAUUCUUCCUCUCCGUCUCCAUCUCCAAGAACCAGUGCUACUCCUGGCGAGUCGUCUCCUGCUCCCGAGGACAUCGGAAGGGACGUCAAGAAAGUCAAGUUCGUGAAGCGCGUGGAGCGCUUAGUGCACCUGGAACUCAACGAACAACGGGUCAUGAAGGAGUGCGAAGCCUGUGGGAGGACGCACCAAGAAUGGUUCCGGGUCGAUGCUAGCCAGGAGGGUGUCAGGAGAGUCGACGAGUGCGUACGGAGAUGGGUCAAGUGGGCGGAGAGUCAGGCGAAUUAG